AGAUUAUCACAAGAGAAACAUUUACUCUGAAGAACUAUCGUCUGAAAGUCGUUCAAUCAUGGCUCCGAAGGACAAUCUAACCGCCGUUCUGUACGGAAUCAACGACAUGCGUCUGGAACAAAGACCGAUUCCCGUUCCAAAGCCAAACCAGGUCCUUUUGAAAAUGGAAGUGGUCGGCAUUUGCGGCUCCGACGUCCACUAUCUAGUCAGCGGAAGGAUCGGCCCUUUCGUGGUCAAAAAACCCAUGGUUAUCGGGCACGAGGCCUCUGGUACCAUCGUGGAAGUGGGUAAAGACGUGAAGGAUUUGAAACCUGGUGAUCGCGUGGCCAUCGAACCUGGAAUAACCUGUAGGACCUGCUAUGACUGCAAAAGCGGGAAUUACCACCUUUGUAGGGACAUGGUGUUUUGCGCCACGCCCCCGGUGGACGGAAAUUUGGCCCGGUACUACGUCCACGACGCCGAUUUUUGUCACAAACUCCCCGAUAAUAUGGAUCUGGAAGAGGGUGCUUUGAUGGAACCGCUUGCAGUGGGAGUCCAUGCAUGCAAACGAGCUGGGGUACGAGUCGGUUCCAUAGUUUUAGUACUAGGCGCCGGUCCCAUUGGGCUCGUUUCGAUGCUAACAGCCAAAGCUAUGGGUGCAUCUAAAGUCAUAAUUACAGAUCUCGUAGACCACCGUUUAAACAAAGCAAGAGAACUUGGUGCCGACUUUACCGUACGAAUCGAGAAGAACAUGACCGAAGACGACAUUAUCAAAAAAGUGAAAAGUCUUCUGGGGGAAGACCCUACGGUUACGCUGGAGUGUACCGGGGCUGAACAGAGCGUCCGGGUUGCUUUGCAGGUGACCAAAUCCGGCGGUGUUGUUAUUUUAGUCGGAUUGGGUAAAUUCGAAAUGACGGUACCUCUAGCGGGUGCUUUAGUCCGUGAAGUCAAUAUCAGAGGGGUUUUCAGAUACAACAAUGACUAUCCCAUUGCGAUCGAGUUGGUGAAAACUGGCAAAGUCAACGUGAAACCGUUGAUUACUCAUCAUUUCACCAUUGAAGAGACGAAGAAAGCUUUCGAGACUGCUAAAACUGGACAGGGGAAUCCGAUCAAGAUUCUUAUUCAUGCUAACCCCGAGUGGAAACCAUGAUUUACUUGAUUUUAAAUUUAAUUUAAUUAAAAAAAGUUACUAUCUACACAAUAUUACUAAAAUGUCAUAAUAAUUUGUCAAGUGGUUUCACAAAUUAUCUGCCUAAUAAAAUCGACAUAGUCAUCAUAAA